CUCUUCCACUCAUAGCCCUCACUGGCUUUCUUUUAUUCCUUGUGGUGCAGUUUUGUCCUCAAGUUCUUUCCAAUGGCUGGAAAAUUCAAACUCCUGUCUUUCCUUUCGUUAGUUGUAGCCUGUCUUGCGCAUGAACCAUUGUUAACAACACCAGGUUCGGUUGGUCCAUCCGCAAUGCGGGCACCUUCUGCAACAAAAACACGUAUUUCGGUUAAUUCAUCUUCAACGCCGACACCUUUUUCGACAAAAACACGUAGUUCAGUUGGUUCAUCCACAACACGGUCACCUUCUGCGACAAAAACACCAGGUCCGGUUGGUUCACCUGCAACGCCGGCACCUUCUGCGACAACAAUACCAGGUCCGGUUGGUUCACCUGCAACGCCGGCACCUUCUCCGACAACAAUACCAGGUUUGGUUGGUUCAUCCGCAACGCCAGCACUUUCUUCUACAACAGCAGCACCAGAUUUGGUUGGUUCAUCCACAACACUGGCACCUUCUGCGACAACACCAGAUUCGGUUGGUUCAUCCAGAACGCCAGCACCUUCUUCAACAGCAGCACCAGGUCCUUGUGAUAUAAACCAAUGUGGCCAGGGGAGCACCUGUGCAGUUCGUGCCAACCAAACCUUUGUAUGCUUGUGCUUGCCAGGUGAUAACUACAAUUAUGUCAGCAAAACUUGUGAAAAUGCCAAAGUUUUCCCUGGGCAACUAGCCCUGCCUGGAUUACCAUAUGAUAAAAAAAUGAGAGACAAGGAAUCACUAGAAUUUAAAGAAGCUGCACAAAAGAUUACUGCUGAGCUAACAACUAUUUUCAAUACAUCUGAUGGUUACUCUAAUUCUACAGUGCUGGAACUCCAGGAAAUUGAACAGAGAAAAGUUGAGUCAAGGUCAGGGAACGGGGUCAGUGCAUCUGUCGAGAUUAUCUUCAACAAAAAUUCUAAAAUCAAAACAACGGAAAUUCAAAAGAAGAUGGUUGAUGCCAGUGGACGCGAGGGUCUACUGCAAGGUGCAUCUUUCAAGGAGAAAAACCUGUGUAGUAACAAUCCCUGUGAUGAGAGAACUACAAAUUGCACAUCAGAAAAUGGAUCUUAUAAAUGUCCCUGUCGGGAAAACUUCAUUAGGACGGACUUCAGUGGCAGAAUAUGCAUUGCUUGUCCCAGUGGUCAACAAGCACAGGAUUCUCUCACGUGUGUCAGCUGUCCAUUUGGUUAUUCUGGUUUGAACUGCAAUGAAUCGUGGCAGCUAGCGCUGGUAAUCACUGGCUCCGUGCUCGGGGGACUGCUGCUCAUCGCACUCAUCCUUCUGCCUGUACUGACACUUAAAUCCUCAAAGUGGAGCUCCAAAAAGGAUAGAAAUGCAGACAUCGGGAAGCCUUACGUCAGUCACUCUCCAGCCAAGUCACCAUUGGUUAACAGUAACAGCAGCUUGGCCAACAACCAGGCACCCUCACUUAAUGGGUCAAACUUUGGCGGUGUAGGGGUGCCUAGAAUCCCACGGGCCACAACCACCAGCAACUGGGGCAGCAGGACCAACCUGGAGAUGGCUCCAAGCAACAGCAGGCAAAAUCUGAUUCCUGUGAGCAGGAACUUGAUAUAUGACGACCAAGAUGACAUGAACCCAUACGCUCAGUCUCGACCGCAGAGCAGCCUCCAUGCUCAGGGACGGUCUCAGAACCCAUAUGCCCAGAGUCGACCUCAGGUCAACCCGUAUGCUCGGAGCCAGGGCCAGACCAACCCUUACUACAUGCAGGACAGAGAGAGAUGGUUGAACGAAUGAGGAACAACCAAGGUUCAUCCUACGGUGACAUUUACCCACAUCAAAAACUUGUUAAAGUUAUGUUGGAAACCCCCCCCCAUAAGAGUUGUAUGAACAAAAGCACAAUGGUUGCAUUGGCCUUAUGUAAUGAGUGAGGAAAUGCCAGUAAUGAAUAUUAUUGCACCAUAGAGAAGUUAUGUCCUUCCACCACACUGACCUGUAUAGAGCUCUAUUCUGACCAAUUAUAAGUUAUCAUAUAUUCCUGUCUUUCCUUGACUAAUCUUUGUGAAAGUUUGGGAUAUGGGAUACGCUAUGGGUCUUUUCAUGUUUCUCAGUAUUUUUAUUGUCAAUCCCUUAAAAUAUUAUCUUCUUAACAAUAUCUCAUUGUUAAAUGUCAUUGAACCAGAAACUGAUGCCGUGAAAUGAGGAGUUGUUUGAUAUCAUUCUCUCGCCCAGCUAAUGUCUCUCUUGUCUAUGAAUUUACAGGUAAUUGUUUUGCAUGUAAAGUAUUUGAGGUUUGUGAUGAGUCUAGUUUAUGUCUAAUGCUAUGUUAAACAUAAGCUUUUGUGAAUGAGACAAGUUUCUUUUUGCUCCAGUAAAAUGUAGGUUCUUCCUCCAAAUCAGGUCCCUUUUAGGUCCCUCUGCAUAUUUCAAUAUAAUUUGUGUAAAAUGUUUACUACAUUAAAGUUGUUUGAUGUAUUAUUUUGUGUUACUAAGAGUAUUUUGUUUAUGUGUAACCUCUUUCAUGACUUACUGAUAACAAGCUGUUAUUCAGCAUGUUUAAACUAGCAAUGUUUAAAAAUAUUUUACCAUGUAAUGUAUUGUAUUGUAGUUUUCCUUUGUCACUCAUAUCAUAGGAUA